AUGGCCGACUCCGAAACCUCCAGCCUCCAGGGAACCAGGUCGCGCCGCGCCUGGACAGUCUCUGCAGAUUCAGAGACAAUGGAUAGCUCAGCUCGGAGCAACGGCCGAUCAUCUAAUGAUUCCAAUCUCGAACGACCCAAAACUUCAACUGGGGAAGUCCCAGAUUCCGCUAAGGCUGGACCUAGCGGCAUCUCCAAGCUCCUCAAAGCACGACGGAGGCGGAAGAAGAACGACAAAACACCUGCAGAUGCGCCACCUGUACCGGAGAUUGUCACUGAAGAGGACCUCCGGGAGAGUCGAUCGAAUGAUUCCCGAGAUGGCAAUUCCACUUUAACAUCAUCCAAUAAUAGCUCAGCCCCGCCAGAAAGCGAUGUCAUGAACUUAUUGACCGAUGAUUCCGAGCCCGAGAGGACUCCGCCGCUCACCACUCGCAACUCCCAUACGGGAUUCUAUACCUCCUCCUCUCCCCUCUUUAAGACCAGAUCCGUGGACGCCCCUGAAUCCGAAGGCGGACAAGCGGACGUUGAAUCGGCUGUAAGCGGCCAAAGCAUUCAAUCAAGCAUGACAUUGGAUGUUCCGGCCGGCAAUAGCAAACGCCGCAGUACUUCGCCUUCACCGGGGCGGCGCCUCAAAGAUGCCUUCAGCUCCGACAAGAAAAGCGAGAAAAACGCAAGCACGACUGCAAGCACGACCACAAGCGCGACCACAAGCGAUGACGCAGACCGAGCAUCCUCAAAAUCGGGUAGCAAGGACAAGCGGAGUAUAUUUGGAAGCAGACGCAGCAGUCUCUCAUCGAAAAGGGCUCAGGCAGCUCCAGAUGAAGCUCCUCCGCCCCUGCCAGCUCCAAUACGUACAGACUUGAAAGAAAGUAAACCUCGUUCCCUGGAAGCAAGCCCUCUACCGAACACGCCUCCGCAUACAGCCAUCCCAGCCCCAGCCACGACCGUAACCCCGCCCACGCCGAUCGAACACCGGCCACUCAUUUCACAAAUACUAGGCGAUGGAGUAACGGGCUCCCCGGAAUCAGUCACAUCUCGAAAUUCCAUAUCAUCUCCUCCAGGGGUUACUACUGUGAGUCCUUCUGGAAAUAUGAUCUCACAUCGGCGGGUACGAUCUGCCUCCGCGGCUCAUGGUCCGAGCAAGUUAUCCAAUGUCACAGCAUUGAGUCCGCUAGACGAAGGAAAGUCCCUCAAGAGUUCGUCCAGUCAACAAAGUGGCUUCUUUUCAUCGGUGUUCUCUGUCGCACAAAACGCCGCUUCCUCAAUUAGCAACACCCUCAACAACCAACAAAGAAGUCGGACUACCUCUUCCGCUGUACCCGCUGAGCUCGAAGAGAGCGGCGAGGGCAGCUUUGAAGGUCUUGACAGAAAUUCCGAUGAAAGUAAAGGCGAAGACGGGAAGCCAUCUGCUGUGCAGACCCUGGGGGCUGGUGAUCUGAGUUUUAGUCAUCUAGACAUUGACGCGCCGCCCGGGGAGGUGAUCUCUACUACCGAUGGAGUAGUUGUCACCAAGCCUCCAGCGACUCCAGUUGAUAAGCGGAUGAACGCAGCAGUUCAGCGGCGGGACGAGGAUUCUGCGAAGCUUGAGGACCAGCGGGCGGCACGCGCAGUUAACCUGGCUUAUGAAAAGCCCGGUGAAUUCCCCGUUAUUGGGUCUCCUGGCGAGGAUGUCUUGGAUAUCCAGUCUACCGUUUCCAAUCCUAGAGACGGCCUUAUGACUGGGGAUCAAACUCCUCCUACUGGCAGUAUCAUUGACGGUGAUAUUGGUAGCGGUAUCAAGCGAAGUGGAAGUGUGCGUAGCCGACUUGCACGACGCCACCGUGGUUCUUCCGGGGCCACUGCCUCGACAAUUGGUGCUAUCGGAGCUGGGGCCAGUGCCCUGGCGCUUGGUGUUCCUGGCGUCAAUUCAAGCGUACCUCGGCUGACUGGCUUCGCGGUGGCGAGCAAGAAGCGCAACCGAGACUUCCACCAGCUAUUCCGAAGUGUUCCAGAGGACGACUAUCUGAUUGAAGACUAUAGCUGCGCCUUACAGCGUGAGAUCAUUCUUGCUGGACGUAUCUACGUCUCCGAAGGUCACAUUUGCUUCUCCAGUAAUAUUCUGGGAUGGGUGACCACUCUUGUCAUCAGUUUCGAUGAGGUUGUCGCCAUCGAGAAGGAGAACACUGCAAUGGUAUUUCCCAACGCCAUUGCCAUUCAGACGUUACACGCUCGACACACCUUCCGCAGUUUGCUAAGUCGUGAAUCUACGUACGAUCUGAUGGUAAACAUCUGGAAGAUCAAUCACCCGUCUAUCAAAAGUUCCGUGAAUGGAACCCGGGUCACCAACUCUACUGGUGACAAGACUGAGAAGGUUGGAGAUGGCGAAAGUGACUCUGAAAGCGUCACCUCUGAUGAAGACGAGGUUUACGAUGAGGAUGAAGAGGACGACGCUGCGGAAAGUUUCUUCGAGGCGGGGCCUAGCGCCAACGCAAGUGACAGGUCAUUGCCUGGCCGAGCAGGUCUUAGCCGCCAAACCUCAGGCUUAUUCACCAAUGCAAUGGUCUCAGGGGCUGGCCCAAGUAACGGUGAUAUCAAGAAUGGCGACAAAUCGGCGGCUUCCAAAGAGCCCGAUUUCCCUGGACCCGCCACACACGGGCCCACUGAAUAUACGGAACCCGGUGGUUCAUAUGAUAAGGUCAUCAAGGAUGAAACCAUUCCUGCCCCGCUUGGAAAGGUCUACUCCUUGGUCUUUGGACCUGAAUCGGGAGAGUUCAUGACCAAAUUCCUUGUGGACAAUCAAAAAUCUGGCGAGCUUCAGUUCGAGGGAACAGCUAAGGGCCUGACCAACGAAAGCCGCGUCAGAAAGUAUUCUUACAUAAAGCCUCUCAGUGGCGCAAUCGGGCCCAAGCAGACCAAGUGUAUCAGUACCGAGAACCUUGACUUUUUGGACCUGGAGAAAGCAGUCUUGGUCACGCUAAGCACCCAAACCCCCGAUGUGCCUAGUGGUAAUGUUUUUGCCACAAAAACCAAGUACCUCUUUACGUGGGCCUCUGGCAACCAAACUCGGUUCCUUAUGACAUGUACGAUAGAGUGGUCCGGGAAGAGCUGGUUGAAAGGUCCUAUUGAGAAAGGUGCAAUUGACGGUCAGACUGCAUUCGGUGACGACCUGGUCAAAACUCUGAAGAUGGGUGUUGUUCCUCGAGGGCGCACCGCUGCCGCUGGACGAGGCAAGGGUCGUCGCAAGAAGGGUGAUCCUGCGGUUAGCGAUACGUCUAAGGUAGCUGGGCACAAAACGGCCACGGAUUCUAGCUCAAAGCAGGCCGAGACCUGGGGUCUCUUCGAACCGAUUCGCCCAAUGCUAGAGCCUGUAACCAGCAUGCUCAAGCCGCUUUGGAGUGGAAAUGUCAUGAUUCUCAUGGUCGGUAUUCUACUGUACAUGGCAUUCUUCCGAGCACCGUCUGGUUCAUCUACUCUGUCCCGAGAUACUGGCCUACCUGGUCUAAGUCUGCCUCAGCGCCUAGCCGCCUAUGACGAGAUGUGGCGUCGUGAGGAGAGUGAGUUGUGGAACUGGUUAGAAGACCGCGUCGGUAUGGAAGGCAUGGUCUUCCCCACUCUACAUCACCGUCCAGAGGCUCACACAGCUCGCAAGACUUCCCGGGUCAACGUGGCUGAUGAGCUUGAUCUUGUUGAUCGACUUCGCGAGGAAAAGGCCUCGGACCGAGAGAUGGAUCACGCGAUUCGGACUACUCGCCAACGUCUUGAUAUUCUUGAAGAAAUGAUGAACAGGCGCAAAGUGCACUCGGCUCCCGACGGAGAGCCUGUCCGAACUGAGCUAUGA